UCUCCCCAAAGUAAAACGGAGGUAAUGUUAAAUCGCAGCAGUAAGGGAACCAAGAGGGGAUAUUGCUCAUACUGAUUGAUUUUGCCCAUUACCAAAUUCCACAGCGAGAGACAGUAAGUGAUGCGGCUCCGCAUGCUGUCCACCUCUGCAGGGUCCCAAUUUACUCGACUCCAUGCUCGGACAGCCUUUGUCUUCCAGUCCGAACUUGCAAAAGCAAGCACGUUGUAUUUGCUCAACUUGUGUUCGAUCUCCAACAGGACUUCACGACCUCGCUGGACGAUUAUAUCCAGUUCCAUUUUCUGGGUCGUACUGAGGCCUUCGUUAGGAACAUCAUUGAGGUCGUGAAGAAGCGCCCAUAGGCUUUUUACACUAUUGAUGAU